UAGUAUCGUAGAUCAGUAGUGCGAUGAUGUGGUGUGGAUAUGCAGGUGUUGAGCCUCGGCUAAGGGGACAACGGAGCGGGUGACUUCUAAAAAGUGCGGCACAGUGUGACCCGAUGGGAGGAGAGGUAGGCUGGGACAGAAAGGCAGGGCUGACAGGGUGCGGUCUCAAGCGGCUACUGAUCUCGGAUCUCUACAAUUCCAUUUCAACACGGGGACGUGCUUCACAGGGACGCAUUCAGAGGCAACCAGAAGCGCAAACCACUGUUGGGACACUCUUUGACCGCUGCCCAGAGUGCAACCUGGCUCGUCUGUGGCCAUUCUCAUUUUUAAACCGGCUUUGAACCUGUCUGCCAAGAUAAACGAACUUUCCUAUUUAUUCCUAAGCCUGUUCACUGAUUGCAGAAGGAGCGCGGCGGCGUUCAGGAGAACAUACACUACAGCACCUGGUCUUCCGUCACCGGCACUACCGCUUCUAUGGGACAGGGAUCUCCCCUGCGCAUUGGGAAUGGCAAGCAUCGAGGACCCCGCAAUUAGAUCUUAAAGGUUCUGCCCUCCUCCCCCUCCUGUACCCCGUGGGGGAAAUAAGGAGAAUAAGGGAGGGGGGCUUAAAAUACAAGGGUAUUUGUUUAAUCGUGCCUCUCGGGUCAGAGUACCCACCGAUGUGGGUGGAAUGAGGCUGCCUGUGCUGCUGACGUUCUUAAGCGGCUGCGCCCUGAUACUCUUCCCGGCCACCGAAGGCUGCGGGCCAGGCAGAGGAUACGGUAAGAGACGGCCGCCUAGGAAACUGACUCCUCUAGCCUACAAACAGUUCAGCCCGAACGUAGCCGAAAAAACGCUGGGAGCGAGCGGCAGGUACGAGGGGAAAAUAACGAGGAGUUCCGAGCGAUUUAAAGAGCUCACGCCAAACUACAACCCCGACAUCAUCUUCAAAGACGAGGAGAAUACAGGUGCAGACCGCCUCAUGACCCAGCGCUGCAAGGACAAGCUGAACUCCCUGGCAAUAUCGGUUAUGAACCUGUGGCCAGGAGUGAAGCUUCGGGUGACGGAGGGCUGGGAUGAAGAUGGCCACCACUCAGAGGAGUCACUGCACUACGAAGGCCGGGCAGUCGACAUCACCACCUCCGACCGGGACCGCACCAAGUACGCCAUGCUAGCGCGGCUGGCCGUAGAGGCGGGUUUCGACUGGGUCUACUAUGAAUCCAAGGCUCAUGUGCACUGCAGUGUUAAAUCAGAACACUCAGUGGCAGCCAAAACGGGCGGCUGCUUCCCCGGAGGGGCCAGGGUCAGCCUGGAGUCUGGGCAGCAAAAGGCCGUGAGAGACCUGCAGCCUGGGGACCGCGUCCUAGCCGCGUCCGACGACGGGAGCUUGCUCUACAGCGACUUCCUCACCUUCCUCGACAAGGAGCCCGCCGCCCGGAAGCUCUUCUAUGUCGUCGAGACGGGAGAGGAGCCCCCGAGGCGCCUGCCCCUCACCGCCGCCCACCUCCUGUUCGUGGCCGGCAAUUGCUCGGGAGCGGCUCCGUUCCGAACGAUAUACGCCAGCGAGGCGCGGCCGGGGCAGUGCGUCCUGACGCCGGGCGGCCGCGGGCCUCUGCAGCCCGUCCGUAUCGCCUCAGUGAGCUUGCGGGAGGACCGGGGGGCCUACGCCCCGCUAACGCAGCAGGGAACAGUGGUGGUGAACGGCGUGCUUGCUUCCUGCUACGCCGCCUUUGACAAACACACCCUAGCCCAGUGGGCGUUUGCCCCACUGCGGCUUUUCUACAGUGUGAUCGGGCCAGCCACCAGGCAAGGGGAUGGACUUCACUGGUACUCACGCCUUCUCUACCAGCUUGGGACUCUUCUCAUGGACUCAAAGCAUUUCCACCCCUGGGGGAUGUCUGAGACAGAGAGAUGAAGGACGGAAGAGGGACAUUAUUAAUGCAACAACUCCCAAGAGUUUCUUUGACUCUUAAGAGACGUCAGUAGUGAUGGUUCACGGACUCAGAAUCGGGGGGAUGUUGGUUCAGUUCUAGGUGGAUGUGUCAGGGGGAGUUAACGUACAAAGUGAGAUUUUAGCUGUACAGUUUUGUGAGACUUGACAGCAAUUGUGAGUCCUUAUAGUCUCCCCAGCAAUCCCCCCAGUACCGCCACUCACCCCUUAACUUGUUGGGUAUGUUACACGUCAGAGUCGUCUCGACAAGAACGUGUCGGGAGGAACUACGGUGCGUGUCAAUUUUUUUAAAAGGUGGUCAGGGAUCCUGGUUUUAAUUUUGAUUGCUGUAUAUUCUUGGCAGAUGUUUUAACUUGAUUUCUUAACGUCGUUGAAAAUAUAUUAAGAUAAUUAAUUUAUUUUACCGAGUUAAAACGUUUUCAUCUAUGCGACCUUGCACUGGUACAAAAGAGUAACGUGGGGAACUGUCACUUGUUAAUCGUUAGGCCUUCUGCACCGUUUGUCCUUUCACCACCAAUGAAUGUAUGAUUCAUGCAUGAGAUUUCAUUUGUACAUGUAAAGCGUUUUCAGUUACCAACCAUCAUGUGUUUUACAACAAAUUAAUUACUUGAAGGAAAGAAGAGCAAUCAAAAUUGACAUCAACCACGCCAUUCAUUAAAUAGCCACUUACUGUACGUUAAACAUUUGCUGUAUAGAUUGCAUUAUAGUGCAUAUAUAUAUAUAUUAUUUUUGGAAUUGCCAAGUAUUUUUUUAACCUUCUGAUUUUUAAAACACUAAUUGUUAUUCAUCUUGGAUUCACUGCAGUGACCCAGUAUCUGCAUAGCGGGAUGCAGAUUGUGCCAGUUCUCUGCCAGUUUGAUAUUGUAGGCCCAAUCACGCCCAUUAGAGGAGAUUGAACAUCAGCAGUCACUGACAACAGAAAUAGGUGUCCAGGGAAUUACAGCUGUUGCAUGAUGCGCAAAGACGUGCUUUCCAGCACAAACCCACCCACCCUGGACAAUUACAGUACAGUAUGUGCCUCCAUGUGGAGAAUCUCAGUUAGACAAAAAGUCAAUUAAAACUAGACCAUAUCAAACAUUAAUCAAAUAACCAUCACAUCAAUUUCACAACAGCAAAUCCAUGAAUACCUCAAGAUACUCUGAAAAGUAAUCUCAGACGAGCAUCAAAACAGGAAUAACUGACAUUCUUAGUUAUUAUAUAGCAGUGGUUCUCCACCUAUUCAUCACUGUAUGUACUGUAUAUGCAGUAUCUCUAUGUGUAAUGUGCAGUCUUUGCAUUUCAGAUAUAAAGUUAUUUGAAGGAGACAUAAUUCAAACUUGUUUUCAUUUCAACACUGGCAAGUGUCAACAAGGAACAUUUAAAUAAAAUAAAAAUAGUGAUAUUAUGGAAAUAUGAGUCUGUUGAGUAUUAAAAUAAUUUGUCAAAA